GCCUACGUGUGCUCCGUGAACUUGAACGGCUUGCAGACCGCCUUUACGGUGUGCCGGGAGUCCUGCCCCGCAUCCAACCGAUCCAAGUACCGCUGCCGGGAGAAGCCGUCGCGCUACGACAACGAGACGGCUGUGGACGCCGAGGUGGCGGACUAUGCCACGGAGACGAUCCCUUUUCAGCUGAGCAACCUUUGUGUGCCCAUGGAGAUGCAACUGAUGAACCACCUCUUCGCGUACCACGCGAAGGAGGCUGCAGAGGUUCGCAUCUACGUGGUCCUCAAACGUAUGAUUGUGCCACUGCUGGUUGCGUCUAUGCUGCACGGAGGGGUCGGUCCCGUCGUCUGGUUUUUGACGGCUUCUUUACUUUGCACUGUUAUGAAUUAUGGCCUCCUGCCAGAGUCCAGGUGUGGAGGGUUUAGGGAGAAGGCUCGUUAG